GGAAACUUAAAAAAAGAGAGUGUGAAAAGUAACCUAAAAAAAAAGAAAGCAAGUCCCCCCAGGGACGGGAUUAUUUAAUCUUUUUUUUUUUCUGAUCAUCUUUUUUUUUUCUUUGUCCUUUUUUUUUUUCAAAUAAUCAAAAAAAAAUGUCUCCUCCUAUUGCCUCUGGAAGUUCUGAGUCUGGUAAAGCCCGUUUCGCUGGUAGUGCCAGUUCUGGUAUUCUCGAAUUGAUUAUUUUCCAUCCCGUGGAUACCGUUGCCAAGCGUUUGAUGAGUAACCAAAACAAGCUCUGGGUUUCCGGUCGUGCAUUUGCUGAGAACAAGGCCGCUGUCAACCAAGUUGUAUUCAAGGAUGCAGCCAACGCUACCUUCAUGAAGAAGUACGCUUCACUUUUCCCCGGUGUUGGAUUUGCUGCUGGAUACAAAGUAUCUCAAAGAGUAUACAAGUUUGGUGGACAACCCUUUGUAAGAGAAUAUUUGGACAAGAAGCACCGAGAUUUAUUUGUUGGUGCCUUUGGUGAAAAGACGGGUAAGACGAUUAUGCAUGCUACUGCUGGUAGUAUUGUCGGUAUUGGAGAGAUUGCUUUGCUUCCCUUGGAUGUACUCAAGAUUAAAAAGCAAACGAACCCUGAGGCAUUCCGUAACCGUGGUUUCUUAACCAUUGUUAAGGAUGAAGGUAUGGGUCUUUAUCGUGGAGCUGGCUGGACCGCUGCUCGUAAUGCUCCCGGUUCCUUUGCUCUCUUUGGUGGUUCUGCCUUUGUUAAGGAAUACAUCUUUUCUUUACCCGAUUAUAACAAGGCUACUUUCUUCCAAAACUUUUGUGCUUCCAUUGGUGGUGCCGUUGCUUCCAUCACGGUGGCUGCUCCCUUGGAUGUUGUCAAGACACGUAUUCAAAACCGUAACUUUGAGAACCCCGAAUCCGGUGCCAAGAUUAUCAAGGAUCUUAUCAAGAAUGAAGGUUUCGGUGGUUUCUUUAAGGGUUUGACUCCCAAGAUUUUAGUCGUCGGUCCCAAGUUGAUCUUUAGUUUCACUGUUGCUCAACAAUUGAUUCCUGUCUUCCACAAAUUGUUUGAAGGACAAAAAUAAGCUUUUUUUUUUACGACAUACAAAUAUAGAUUCAUUACCAAAACCCCCCCUUUCAUUUUUUUCUCCCCCUCUUACCCUAAUUUUUUUUUUUUGAUAUGUGUGUAUAAUUAAAACCGUUUCUUUUUUUAUCUCUGCUGAUAGUAUCUAUUAAUAAUCGUAUGUUUGUUUUUUAGCCCCCCCUUGCAGAUAAUCAUGCACAGGAUAUCUAUACGCAU